GUGGAAAGUGUUGGAGAUAUUAAAUCAUGUUGCCAUUUAUUCUCUUUUCCACGCUGCUUCCUCUCAUAUUUACUGAAUCUGAACAGCAACUGUGGUUCUGCAACUCCUCCGAUGCAACUUUUUCCUACAGUUACUGUGAUAGCAUGAAGUUCCCUUUUUCGAUUACUGCUGAACCCUGUAUAACAUUGAAGGGAACCAAUGGAUUUUUACAUAUUAAGUUCAUCCCAAGGAGAGACUUAAAAAAAUUAUAUUUCAACCUCUCCAUCAAUGUCAACUCCAUAGAGGUGCCAACUCGAAAAGAAAUUAUUUGCCACGGAUAUGAUGACAAUUAUUCUUUCUGCAAAGCUCUGAAAGGAGAGACUGUGAAUACAGUAGUACCAUUUUCCUUCAAGGGAAUACUAUUUCCUAAGGGCCAAUACAGAUGUGUUGCAGAAGCCAUUGUAGGGGAUAAUGAAGAAAAGUUAUUUUGUUUGAAUUUUACCAUCAUUCACCACCCUAAUGUCAAUUAGAAUAAAUUAAGAAUAUAUGUUUUUAUUUUUGAAAAA